CUCUCUCCAACACUCACCUUCAGUCAUGGGCCUCAACCAAUUCUGCAGGAGACAUAGUCAAUCAAUUUUCACCAGUCUCACCAGCGGAUAACUAUUCUGGUCAAGUUGUCAAUACAAAUGGGGAUACUUUGAACAGAUUCUACAACUUCAAAUCAGCAUCAAAUAAUUUACCAACAGGUAAGAACUGUAGCUUUGGCAAGAUGACCAGUUCUUCUGCCCAGAUAGACAACAGUAGCACAACCUUUCAAUCAACCAGUCACGUGAAUGCUGGUGAUUUCUGUCACCCUGGGGAUGCUGUCAACCAUG